UAUUACUUCAAGCAGUACUGUUGCUCUAUGAUUAAAACAAGGGCCAUAUAAUUCCAGAAGCAAGAAGAUAUAAGAACUCAAGAAACUGCCUGGGAUCUCUCAGGACACUGAAGAAGGCAGGGGUCCUCAAAGCCUUGAGGGCUGACCAGAUUGCAGAUUCAAGCAAAUCCAGGAACUUCGAGGGAAAACUCACACGGUCUCUGCGACCCUUACAGGAGAGGUUUCCGAAGCACUUCAACUUCCCCGGAGAAGAGGAAGAUGACUCCCCAAAGCAUGCGUCUGUUCCUACUGCUGAGCUGUGUAGCCAGCACUGAAGUCCUGGGAGAAAUCCUCAUGAGACCCAGCUGUGCUCCUGGAUGGUUUUACUACAUGUCCAACUGCUACGGAUACUUCCGGAAACUGAGGAGCUGGUCUGAGGCUGAGCUCGAGUGUCAGUCCCACGGAAACGGAGCCCACCUGGUGUCUCUCCAGAAUGCAAACGAAGCCUCCAUGGUAGCGAACUACAUAAUUGGCUACCAAAGAAUCCAGCCCGUGUGGAUCGGCCUGCACGACCCAGAAAAGAGACAUCAGUGGAAGUGGAUUGAUGGAGCCUUGGAUACAUACCGGAGCUGGUCUGGAGCAUUCCAGCGUGGGAACAAGUACUGUGCAGAGAUGAGCUCCAAGACCAAUUUUUUGACCUGGGAGAGCAAUGAAUGCCGCAACCGCCAGCACUUCGUGUGCAAAUACCGGCCAUAGAAUGAGCUUCGAGGCUGUGUCCACAUCGUGCAAGCCCCUGUCCCCUUCCCUGUGUGCGCGCUGGCUGCAUCUCCCCGUCAUCUCAGAGUAAACAUAGCAGCUGGUGCCCCUGUUGCACUCACUGUUCUAGGUUUAUUAGGGGCGAAGUCCUCAACACUAGUACGACAGUGGCUUCUAGCUCUAAAGUCACCCCGGGAUGUGUCUCCAUGGUCCUCUGCUUUCCUCCUCCACACAUCAGGUUGUCUCGGAGUGGGGAGGGGACUGGUGAAGUAGCCGGGAGUUGGGUGGUCAGGGGUAAAUGUUUGAAGACAGGAGGAGGAACCUCAAGAAUGAGCCUCCAGCCCCCUUCAGCUUCUGCACCCCUCUGCCCUAUCUCUAGUGCCCACGUUCUCCUGCUCAGACAUCUGCUCAGUUUUCCCUUCACCAUGGGGAAUCUUUACUGGUAGGGUCCGUAUCAGGCUGACGUGGACCAUCAAUUCCAGAGCCAUCUUUUAAUAAAUAGCUGUCUGCAU